AGAAUAUUGUCUCCGUUGCAGUUUAUUUUGCAUAAUUGAUAAAAAACAAAUAUAAAUUCAAUUAUUCCAUUGAAGUAACUACUUGAUCACAAUUAAUUGUUAAUCUUAAUGAGUUUAAUGUCUCUAUGUCAAGAUAAAAUUCAUUCAUUUAUGAUGUUUGUCUUCAACCUCUUCAGCCAACGUAUAAAAGACAGAUUCAUUUUAUUUUCUAAUCAUUUGCAUACGCCUUAGCUGCAAAAAAAUGCCGGAACAAACACUCAGCUCGCAAGAGAUCUUCGCCCUCGAAGAUAAGUAUGGGUGUCGGAACUACGCGCCUGUUAAAGCUGCCCUUUCCAGAGGCGAAGGUGUGUUUGUAUGGGAUGUGGAAGGAAAGAAAUACUUCGACUUCUUGAGCGCGUACUCCGCCGUGAACCAGGGCCACUGUCACCCGAGGAUCGUGGCUGCGUUGAAGCAGCAGGCGGAGAAACUCACUUUGGUUUCCAGAGCCUUCUAUUCCGACCAGCUGGGUCUGUACGAGAAGUUCAUGACGGAACUGCUGGGGUACGACCGCCUGUUGCCCAUGAACACUGGGGUGGAAGGCGGCGAGAGUGCCUGCAAGAUCGCGCGCAAGUGGGGCUACAAGGUCAAGAAGAUCCCGGACAACCAAGCCAAGAUUGUGUUCGCGGCCGGCAACUUUUGGGGCCGCACUCUGUCCGCUUGCUCGUCUUCCUCGGAUCCCAGCUGCUAUGAGGGAUUCGGGCCUUUCAUGCCAGGGUUCAAACUCAUCCCUUACAAUGACGUCCAGGCUUUGGAGACAGCCUUACAAGACCCAACAGUGGCUGCGUUCUUCGUGGAGCCAGUGCAAGGCGAAGCGGGCGUCAUCAUCCCUGACAAGGGCUACCUGAAGAAGGUCCGCGAGCUCUGCACCAAGUAUAACGUGCUAUGGAUCGACGACGAAGUGCAAGCUGGAUUAGGUCGUACUGGCAAGAUGCUGGCAGUAGACCACGAGGGUGUGAAGCCGGACAUAGUGAUCCUCGGCAAGGCGCUCAGCGGCGGCAUGCUGCCCGUCUCUGCGGUGCUCACCAGUCACGAGAUCAUGGGCGUGAUCACCCCUGGAACGCAUGGGUCAACGUACGGUGGAAAUCCUUUGGCUUGUGCAGUUGCCAUGGAAGCUAUGAAGGUACUUCUUGAAGAGAAACUGUGUGAGAAAGCGGCCAAGUUGGAGUUGGUCCUUCGCGAGGAACUGGAGAAGAUCCCGAGAAAGAAGAUCACGGCCAUCAGGGGCAAGGGGCUAAUGUUCGCCAUCGACGUCGACGAUAGCAUUCCGGCUUACGACUUGGUUCUGAAAUUGCGUGAUGCCGGUUUGUUGACUAAGACCACCCACGGACAGACCAUCAGAUUGGCGCCUCCUCUAGUCAUCACUGAGGAACAGCUGCGCCAGGGCGCCGCCAUCAUCCGCGGGGUCUUUGACAAGUUCAACAAAUAAAUAACUCUUAACAGUAUAGUCGUAAAGCUCAGACUCCCUUAUCGUACCCCGCGACGGGUGAAAGGGACAGAAAAAUCAAAUUGUGUCGUGCAGAACUGUUUAUUAAGUGUAGGUACAGUCUGUUAUGAAAGUGAAGUAAACGGAUUUUGAACGAACUACAUUUUUUUUGCCAUUGCAAUAUUAAAUAGAAAGGUCAAGAUUGGUUGAUAAACACAAGUGUUACCAGUCAAUAGGGGACAGCGCCCUCAUUUAUUGUUAUCACUUUUUUGACAGACUGUAUAAUUAUAUGUAAUUAGACGUGAAAUCGAAAAACGUUUACGGUGAAUGUUUUAUGUUCAAGAAGUUUUUGGCUUAUGAACAUAUCAGAGAGGUCAUCUUAAAAGCAGUUUCAUACAACGACUAUUAAACAUAAUUAAUGUGGCAGCUUAUCGCGUCACUGCUUUACGACUGUUACGAGUAAAGUAAUGCAUUUAACCGCUAAAAAUAUCAAAUUCAUCAUUAUAUCUGUGAUCAAAAUGGAAAUAGUGAGCAGACAUUGAAUAAAUUAAAUUUCUAAAAUAUUGUCCUGCUAGUCCACUAGUCAAUUAAAUGAGGAAGUUCGUAAAUUUUCAUCUCGAAAGCGCUAUAUUGUCAUGUAUUAUUACUAGUAUUUAUUUACAAAGAAUAUUGAGCGCAUCCUAUAAAACAUUACUUCGUGAAACUAUUAAAUUCUGACUAUAAGCUUAUAACUAUUAGGUAUAUUUUAUUUCAUAUUUCGGUUUAUCUCCCUUUUUUACUCGAUAAGUUUAUAUUAUAUUUUGUGUAUGAAGGUAUAUGAAGGUAUAUAGGUAAUUUAUCGUUUUACUGCCCUUGAUUUCUCAAUAAAUAUAAAUUUGUGUUUAAAUAAAAUAAAUAUUUUGUGCAA